UCCAGCAGCUGAUGAUAUCUCCAGAGGAUCUCAAGGUUUCUACGGCGUUAUUGCUUUCUACAAAGACACAACGAGAGUCCUUGUUAACACUCUUGGAUUUCAAAGUUAUGGAGGCACACGCUCCAUACGUCUGGGUAUGGACGUCCAUGAGCAAGAUGAGAUUGCAGUUUCGCAAUGGUUUCAAGAAGCAUGAGCCGCAGGUCUUCGAGAUCAUAACCUUUCCAAAGUUUGGCAUUGGACAGCGUGCGUUUCUCAUCCAGACUCAAGGGAAACAUACUGUGGGACUGCAUCUCAUUUCUAGACGAUGCCACAGUGGCGAUAAUCAAGUCACUAGGUGGAUUGAGAGCGAUUGCCACCUCUCACCCGCAUUACUACAGCACAAACUCUCGAUGGAGCGAGGCUUUUGGAGGCGUCCCGGUUUAUACCCGGGAAUGAGUGGUUUACCAGCACGAAAAGGUGAAGUUCUACUAUGGGAGGGACUCACGCUUUUAGCCUUGCACAAAUCCUCCACUGGUCUCAUGGAGCUCAAGGAGAGGUGUUUUAUUCACUGGAGAUAUCUUACAGGUGGGGAUGGACAACAAAACAGUGAGCAUAAUGAGAUCGUACCCAAAGUAUAUACCACUCGUCCAUGUUUGAUUUGUAGGUGGGGAUGGACAACAAAAUAGUGAGGAUAGUGAGAUCGUAUCUAAACUAUGUACCACUCUUGUCAAGCCACACUAAAAGGAUAGGCCAGGUGAUCGAGCCAUGGGAUUUUGGGAGGCUCUACGUUGAGUUUCAGGACAGAGAGGAUGACGCUGCUUAAGCAUCACAAUUAUUGAUUGACUCUCAAGUAAUGAAUCAGACUGAAACUCGAGAUGCUUUUCUGAU